CUCUCGUUUCUGUUUUCUCUUGUGCAGUUCUUGUUAAUGCCACCGGCAUUCCAUUAUCCUCCCAUUCACUUCCCUUUCCUCACCAGCAAGCUCUCGGUUACAGAUCAGCCAUAAUGGCACCUAAAUUCAAUUUGAAGCAGAUUAGAAGGCGUUCACUCGCAAGCUUCCGAACCAGUCGAUCAACCGAUACCUCAAGUAACGAUGAACCGUCAAGUUCGAGUCAGGAGUUGUCUUCGGUAGGAUCUAUCACACCCCCUUCCCUCGCCGAUGAAUCUGAAUCCGACCCUGCCCUCCAUACCCAUAUCCCUACCUUGACGAGACCGCCACUCGAGUCGAACAACAACCGGUUUAGUAUCGUGGAGAGUGUUGCGUCCGAACAUCGCUCAACUAAAGACCUUCAGGAUCAAUUGCAACAUAAUCAGUCUCUGUCGCAGUAUGCGCCACAGGUGACCAACAUUCAAGAUAAAGCUACUGUCUACCAAAAGGUUCUGCUUGUGACGGGUGUUGUUGGACAGGAUGCCAAUCCCCAGAUCGAUGGCACCCUCCUUGUAUCCCGUCCCGACAAGGCUUUCCCGUCUACUAUCUGGCCAGUGUACGGUGGACAAUUCAAGGCUCUUGUUUAUCUUCUCCCCGGACCGAACACGGUUUGCUUCGAAUUUCAAAAGCCCGGAUCCCCAACACGCCAUCGCGCAAGCAUUGUUCUUUAUAUGUUCGACCCAAAAAAUGCCCCGCCACUACAGCUUGCAGUCUUGGUAGCCAAAGACUCACCUUACGCAUUUGAUCAAGUACCCACAAACAACAGUGGAGAGGAUCAUAGUUUGGAAAAAGCAGUCAGCAAGUUUCGUACGGCUGCGUAUCUUUGGCAAUCAUUUACUGCGGAACAGAUGGAGAAGAACGAUUUAGGCCGGCGUACAUUUCGCUUUGACGAAGAAUGGACAAAUGGCACCAGCCACCCUCGUGAUUUUUUUGAAUCCACCAUGCGUUCUGAAGCUCGAGUCCAUAUAGUACGAAUGGAUAUGACUGUUGCUGAGAUUCAUGAUCUCGCAAGUGCUCAACAGAUUAAUGGUACUUCGGAGAAGAAUCAGCUUGUGAGCAUGGCUGCAGCAGCAUUGAGAGAUUAUUUCCGCAUGGCACCCGGCCAAAAACAGUAUGUCGCAUCUCUCAUCUUAGAUUCGCACUGGGAUAUGAAGGAGAAGGUGAUUAAGGGUCACACGGCUUUCGGAGGACAGGUUGGAGACGACCUGCAUUUAGCUAUAUUCGGAUCACACUUCCUUAACUAUUACCCCUCCACGAUUUCUGAGGCUGUUAAAGCAUUUAGGGAUUGCUCACCAACGGAGUUGAAGAUUCACGUGGACGAGGGCAAUGUUGCAGGUACUUCGUGGGAGGCUGCGGCCUAUGGCAUUGGUGCACACCUUCGUGAGGUGGGCCACUUGCUGGGCUCCCCUCGCCAGGAGAAGGGUAUUAUGGCAGGGGAUUUCAUUACUGUAAGCCGUGCUUUCUUAGUAAGAGAAGCCUAUUCAACACGGACAAAGUCGAAGGGCGGGCCAGUUGAAUCGAAAGAUGAACCUGCCUGGCAUAGGUUAGACGUUUUGGGGUACCGAUUCCAUCCUCUGUUCCGGAACACUACCGACAAGAUUCCGUAUCCGGAUGGAACCGUCCAUGGAUGGGUUGUGGCGAAGGACAAACUGCUCGUUACAGCAAGUUCUGGACUACUUUGUGCAGAAAUCUUCACGGAAGGCGAUGAAUUUUGCAGCACCUGGGUCGAAUAUCCCCGCGACGGACAGAUGAUAAGACGCACUACUCUGAUAGAGCCAGAGCUACGCGAACGCCUGCCCGAAAGCAAACGCCGUUCCAAGAUGACAGUCAUUGUCAGAUCCAUGGGUGGAGGAGCAUUGGUUAUUGACGAUCUUCGCCAAUUAUGUGCCAAUUCAACUCUUAAGCUGACUUCAGGCCCCCUAGCCAAGUUGGCAUACCGGAGCAUGAAGAUUGGCCCCUCGGAGUUGAAAGACAGCGAGCCCCAGGAGGUUAUCUUCAGUACCGCGAUAGCUAGUGUCAACCGUAUCAUGACUAGUGUGACUAUCUAUCACGACAAUGCGGUGUAUGGACUUGAGUUUCACUAUGAGGAUGGGUCAAGUCAGCUGUUCGGCAAGCGAGGUGGCAAUGCGGCUGGUGACAGGUUCAUUAUGGAUAUCCGCAAUGCUGAAGUUCUAGUAGGCUUUGCCGUCCGAGCUGGAUCGUGGAUCGAUGCCAUCCAAAUCAUCACGAGCACGUCACGAAGAUCGAACAUCUAUGGCAAGAUGGAUGGCGGAUCGUUGCAUACUUUGCUCGUACCUAAUGGCUUCAAGCUCUGUGGAGUGUCCGGAAGCUGCGCAGAUUGGCUCAACAGUUUUUCUCUUCUCAUCACCAAAUGAAGAAGAUUUUUGACGGAGUAAUGAUAAGAGUGUACAUUGGACCACAUAUUUGUCACUCUUCCAUGAGAUAGAUAUCGAAAGG